UCGAGUGACAAGAGGGGUGGAGGGAGGGAGGAAGAGAGGGACGAUAUAGGCGGGAGAGGAAGAGACAAACGGCGCGAUACGUACAACGCGACACAGGAAGAGGGCAGCGGUGACGGAGGAGGAGAAGGAGGAAGAGUAGCUCGGCAGAGGGGAACGAAGGUGCGGUAAAGAGAAGAGGGUGAAGGAAGAAAGCGAGAGCGAGACGGCUCGCGUGACGGAUGCGGUUGAGAGGUUAGAGCGUGACGGAGAUAUACGAGAGCAACACGAUGAACUCCUACGACUGAUUGGUCGGCCGACUAGUCAAGCUAACUGGCUGUCUUUGGAGCGGUCCGAAGGCACACACCAAGAUAAAUGCCGUCGUUGGAUCGCAGCGGGAGGUAAAACAUACACACAUAUACACAUAGCAUAGAAUAGUCGCGCGAUAUUUCUUCGAGAUCUCCCUUUAUGACUCUCUAUAUGAGAUAUAGCGGGCGACAAAGCACGACGUGUGAAGCUGCGAACGAUACUUUCGAGCAUCGAUAUUUUUAUGCGGUUCAUUGAUGUCGAUAUCGAUAUCAUUUCGAAAUAUCGAUAUUCUAACAUCGAAACGCAUUAGCCAAUCGGCACGCUUGACAAAUAUCUGCGCGCUGAUUGAAGCAACAAUUUUUCAGUAUCAAAGUUUGACGUUUAGUCUUGUCAUUUUUUUUAGGUUAUGUUUUGUUAAUAAUUAGUAAAUAUUAAUAUAAGUAUAUAUUUUGAGAAAGAUAUAUUGUAUCUUUAUAAAUGUGCGUCUUGUAAAUUAUAAUGCCACGGAGAUUACGUAUUAUGUUUGCAACCGCGACAACGCUAGGUUUAUGUAUCAUAAUAUUUCAGUUACGUUUACUGUUUUACGACCGCACAAGUUUGUCUUUAUCAGGUAAUUCACAUUACUGUCAUACCAUUGCUUUUUUUUUUCAACAAAAAGUGACAAAGUAUUUUUAUGAUUACUUGUCACAUCCAGAUGACGAUAUACCUGUUGUACUAUGGUGGACUCCGUUUGGUAAUAAUAAUCAAGUGAAAACUUGCGGAAAUGAUAAAUGUUACUUUACACACAAUAGAGCAUUUGAGAACAACGUACGCUUGAAAAGUAUUUUGUUUUACGGAAGUAAUCUCCGCAUUCAUGAUUUGCCUAAUUGGAGGAGCAGUGCUGUAUCGUGGGGUUUACUUCAUGAAGAAUCUCCUAGAAAUAAUCCCAUACUUGUUCACGACAAAGCACUUAAUCUUUUUAACUAUUCUUCAACCUUUAGCAGAUUUAGCGAUGUGCCACUCACACUUCUUGAUUUAUUCAGUUUAGAAGAAUUAAUAGCAAAAUCGUAUUAUGUUCCCACCAAAGAAAAGUCUGCAUUGAUACGUGCAAAAAAUUACGCGCCAGUAUUAUACAUUCAAUCUGACUGUGAUACUGCUAGUGACAGGGAUCGUUAUGUCUUAGAAUUAAUGAAAUAUAUUCGUAUUGAUUCCUAUGGUACAUGUGUAAAUAAUGCUCGCCUUGAUGACAGGUUCAAGGAAAACUAUCUCAAUAUUUUAAAUAAUCGUGAAUUCUUAUCCUUUGUGGCCAAAUACAAGUUUACUAUAGCUUUUGAAAAUGCAAUUUGUGAUGAUUAUAUCACAGAAAAACUGUGGAGGCCACUUAUUGUUGGCUCUGUACCCAUAUAUUAUGGAUCACCGUCCUUUAAGGUAUCCUACAUUAAAAGUGAUUGGCUUCCAAAUAAUAAAUCCGCCAUCUCGAUAUUAGAUUUUACUGGUCCAACAACACUCUCUGAGUUUUUGCACAAACUUGUGAGAAAUGAUUCUGCAUACGAGGAAUACUUAUCUCACAAAUUAAAUGAGCGUGAGUAUCGCGUUACAAAUAGUGCAUUACUACGUGCACUUGAAAGAAGAUCGACGGCAAUUCCUCAUGAGUUUGGAAAUUACGUGGAAGAAUUCGAAUGUUUAAUUUGCGAACAAAUACAUAAUAAUCGCGAAUCAAAAAUACAUACGGUAACGAAAAAACAAUACGAUUGUCCUCUACCAACAGAUCCUAUAACGGGUGGAAUCAGCAAACGCAAUUGGUGGAUAGAGCAGUGGAAUAUUGAGAAAUGCGGAGCUAAACUGUUAGCUCAUUAUAUAACUAAUAAUAUCAGCAUUAAUAUAAAAUAUUUUAAUGAACAAAAGAUGAAUAUGUAUGAUAAUAAUGAAUGUUGAGAUACACAUGAAACAAGGAAUAUAGUUUUGCAAACAAUUUUGUUAAUAUAAAUACUCGAUUAUUUUGCAAACUAUAUUAGGAAUAUGAAUUAUAUUUAUACAUCUGGGCUGUGUUCCGAUUCCCCACCCGGAUGCACCCGAUAUUAUAGUGUACG